AUGAUUAUUUCCCCCUUACUUGCAUCGUUGUUCUACCUGAGCUACCUGAGCUCUUCAGCUGCACAAUACUUCCCGGAAAACAGGAUGCAUCCAAGAAGAUCUCAUGGCCACCGUCGACGAUCAAAUGCUGAACGCGAGCAUCUUCGAAGACUAGAAGAGUACGAAGAGCAGCGUCAGGCUUACAAAGACGCUGUACAAGCACAGCAGGAUGAAUACUACAACAACUACUUUGAUCGCAUGAAGGAGUACGCAGCUCAAGUCUACAGAACAAGAUAUGAGCAACUGCAGAAGAAGCAGGCUGAAGAAAGGGAACGCUAUCUGAAAACGAUGAAGGAAUUCGGAGUGCCUGAAGCCGAACUUCCGACACCGCAUACCGGUGAAGAACACCAAGAAAAGCCAACUAGUCCUUUUGGAGAUCUCAGACCAGUCCCUCGAAUCCGCAAAUCGCAGCAUCCGGCCAAUUUCAUCGAGUCUCAGUCACCAUCGCGUACCGAUCCUCGUCCAGAAAAUAUCGAUAUUCAUCGUAAAGCUGUGGCACUGGAGAGAUUGUGUACCCGGUUUCUUCCAACUGUCAGGAAACACUGUUUUGAACGUAAUACAGCAAAGGAGUAUGUAAAGCGAUGCGCAGCAUAUUUUCACGAUUGUCAAACAUUCUUGCCAAAAUCAGAUCCUCUCUACAAUAUUGCCUAUGCUUUCAACUCAAAUGUAGGCUUGAAUCUUGGCACGGUCGAAGUCAAUGGUAUACCAUACUAUCCUAUAAAUGAGGAAGGAUCUAUUGGAGUAGGAAGAGUUGCGAAUGUUCCAUUCGGGUCAUGGGGUGGAGGAUACUCAGAGAAUCUUGGAGUAAGAGAUUAUUGGUCCCAAACGAUGGAAGUCGGUGCAAAUUGGUAUGAAGGCAAAUAUGGCUACAAAUCUGGAUGGAGUGUGCCUCUCGUACAGUCGUUAGGAGUAGAAGGAGAUACGCAUGCGGUGGUGUCGGUGCCCGUCAAGCAGGGUGAACUCGGCAAACCAAUUGGUGUAGAUGUCGGCGGAGGUGUUGGUCCUUAUUACCAGCAAAAUCAGCAUGUAGGCGUCGAUUAUAUGAACGGACAGGUUGGCACAAACUUUGGUGUCGGUGUACCGUUUGCUGGAGUUGGAGUAAACACUGGACUUGGGGUUUCCUUCCCAUCCAUAAACGAUAUUAGGGGAUAGAAACGCGGUCAUCUAAUGUAUGGAAAGAUUACAUCAUCAUUCAGUAUGUCAGAUUUUGUUUCUGUAUUAACCAACGUGCAAGGUGAAACAAGCAGGGAUCAGUUUUGAAACGCUUAUACUAUGAACUAUGACUCCUAAAUUGUUGGCGAUUUUUCAUAGACAUCCGUUUGGAAAUUUAUAUUUAUUAUUAGUCUUCUUCUCAUAUAUUACAUACUACUUGUUAUUCUCGUCCAUUCUCAGGUUCUCACUGACAAGCUAACAAUGAAAUAUUUGGACUGUGU